GGACUCGAGCUCCUCCUGCCUACUGAUCCCCAGCUCUUCGGUCCCCAGCUUCUGCGAUUUUGGUUGUGGCGCGGACCAGACCGGAAGUUCUGCUCAACGGCUGCCUAUUCUAAAGAGGAACACCGGAAACGUGUUCCCGACUAUCGUUCCGCCUGUGUCUCGGCUCUCUGUUCCGCUUCAGCGCCCGGAAGUGCGGCCUUCAAGUUGACAAGCAGGAGGCAGCCACUGCAGGACCUGGUGCCUGAGGAGUCGGAGGUGGGGUCGAGCGGGCAUCCCCCUGCCUCAGAGUCCCAGAGAAGGCUGGGGCGUGCCAGGAGCGGGACGCCUGCAUGGCAGCCACAGAGGCAGUGCACCACAUCCACCUACAGAACUUUUCGCGCUCACUACUGGAGACCCUCAAUGGGCAGAGGCUAGGCGGUCACUUCUGUGAUGUGACCGUGCGCAUCCGUGAGGCUUCUCUGCGUGCUCACCGCUGUGUGCUGGCCGCUGGCUCACCCUUCUUUCAGGAUAAACUGCUGCUCGGCCACUCAGAGAUUCGUGUGCCACCAGUGGUGCCUGCACAGACAGUGCGCCAGCUGGUCGAGUUCCUUUACAGCGGCUCGUUGGUGGUGGCACAGGGCGAAGCGCUGCAGGUACUCACUGCAGCAUCGGUGCUUCGCAUCCAGACCGUCAUUGACGAGUGCACACAGAUCAUCGCUCGUGCCCGUGUCCCCAACACUCCGGCGCCUGCGCCUCUGCCACCACCGGUGCCCCCUCCACUAGCACCGGCGCAGCUGCGCCACCGUCUGCGCCACUUGCUGGCCGCCCGCCCCCCGGGUCAUCCCAACGCCGCGCACAGCCGCAAGCAGCGCCAGCCCGCGCGUCUUCAGCUACCUGCACCCCCAGCACCCAUCAAGGCUGAGGGGCCUGAUGCGGAGCCAGCGCUGACUGCCGCGCCUGAAGACAGAGGUGAAGAGGAUGACGAUGAGGAAACGGAUGAAGAAACCGACGCUGAAGAAGGUGAAGGAGGCGGCGGCGGCCCGGGUGAGGGCCAGGCUCCCCCUGCCUUCCCCGACUGUGCAGGGGGCUUCCUUACCACUGCAGCUGACAGCGCUCGAGAGGAUCCACCUGCAUCCACUGGCAUCACUGAUUAUGGUGGUGCCGGGAGAGAUUUCCUUCGGGGGGCUGGGGUCACUGAAGAUGUGUUCCCAGAUAGUUAUGUGUCCGCUUGGCAUGAGGAAAGCAGCGGAGGGCCAGAAGGUUGUCCGGUGGAAACGUCUGCUCCACCCGACUGUGCCCUGGCUGGGCCUCGCCCAACAGGUGUGAAGACCCCUGGGCCCCCCGUGGCUCUCUUUCCCUUUCACUUGGGUGCUCCCGGCCCCCCAGCACCAACACCUCCUACUCCAUCUGGGCCAGCCCCUGCACCCCCGCCCACCUUCUACCCCUCGCUCCAGCCAGAUGCAGCCCCCAGUGCUCAGCUGGGAGAAACGCAGGCUGUGCCUGCCGCCCCUGCCGUUCAGGCCACAGCCAUCUCGGGCACUCCUGUGCGCGCCCCCGGUGGCCAAGGUGCUGAGCAACCCGCCUAUGAGUGUAGCCACUGCCGCAAGACGUUCAGCUCGCGGAAAAACUACACCAAGCACAUGUUCAUCCACUCUGGGGAGAAGCCACAUCAGUGCGCUGUGUGCUGGCGAUCCUUCUCGCUACGCGAUUACCUGCUCAAGCAUAUGGUCACACACACUGGUGUGCGAGCCUUCCAGUGUGCAGUGUGUGCCAAGCGCUUCACUCAGAAGAGCUCCCUCAACGUGCACAUGCGCACACAUCGGCCUGAGCGUGCGCCCUGCCCUGCCUGUGGGAAAGUUUUCUCACACCGUGCACUGCUGGAGCGACACCUUGCAGCUCACCCUGCACCUUGAUCGGGAGCCACCUUCACACAGCCGGCUGCUGCAGUCAGCCACCUUGGACUAGGUUCACUCCACCAGACGGCUUCUGCUCUGGAGUACGGACCCUUCGCUUUCCCCACGCUGAACCUGUUUUCCCUGUGGACUUGGGACACAGAACCCUAUUUCUCUCCUACACUUGCUUAGCUUCUCUCAAUGGGGCAGCGAGAUGAUUAGGGCCCCGGCCACCUCAGAGACCAUUUCCAGAUUGAGCUGGGCAAACACAUUCUUGGAACCUGAUGCUGGAUUUGUGACCCACCCCCUACCAGGCAUGGUGUCUAGAGUUGUCCUCUGCGCCUGCGCUGGGCUAGAAUCCUCUGACCUCACCCCCCAAAGUCUGGAGCCACCCUUCCCUCAUUGGGCACCUAUGGAGGCCCAGAUGGACCUCCCUAGGGACUUUAGGAUUCCAAUCUAAUAAAGGACAUUGGGCCAGUACAUGCCUUGCCAUAGGCUUUCUGGGCUGUUGGGUUGGGGCUUGGUCCCUACGUUCCUGACUUGCACUUUUGCGGUGACCUGAGAUUUCCUGAGCAGGUAGGCACAAUUUGCUUUGAUAUCCUAGACUUUGAUUUUUGGAAUUUUGGUGGGUAGGUUGUAUAUAUAACAAUCCUGAAGUGUUCAGCCCUGUGUGCAGGGGAGUCGCAGUCCCAUUGUUGGCUGCUACAUUUCUACAAUGCAGAAAUGGAGUCCCCUUUCAACCAGAAGCCUUUUAGAGUUAAGAUUCCACUUCCCCCAUCUUGAUGUCCAUGGAUAUUGGACACCUACUCGUGAGAUAUUCAGGAAGGUUCUUGGGGGGCCAGCUCUUUAAGGGAAUUUGAACCCUGAAUGUUAAGCACUAAGUACUAGAGAACCCAGAUUGAACUGGAUGGCUGUGUUAGAUCAGGGGGAUGCAAAAAUGGGUAGGACCCAGCUUGCCAACUGAAUAAGCUAGUGAGCUAGUGUCAAAGAAACCCAUGUUAGAUCUCUCAGCUCGCAGAAGUAUCAUCCUCCUGGUCUCCUUCCCGUGUCUCAUGCGUCCAUACCUCACUGUAAGGAUCAGGUGCUAGGGGAAGAAGGGCUCUAGCCUACAAGGCCAGGCUCCAGCCCUACCUGUGUGUCUUCUGGGCCCAUAGGGUUCCUCUGUGGCUGGGCAUCACAAGCGUAGCUCAGCCUCUGAGUCCCAACGUUAUGAGAGCUGCUUAGAUUCAGCACAACUCAAAUAUCAAGUCAAAAUAAAACAAAAUGUAAUAAAUCCACUACUGAUAUAUCAGGAAUACAGUCUCAGGAGCUGAACUGCCAUUCUCCUUCCUGCCCUCAGCCAGAAUGUUGCAGAGCUUUUUUGGUUUUUGGUUUUUCGAGACAGGGUUUCUCUGUAUAGCCCUGGCUGUCCUGGAACUCACUUUGUAGACUAGGCUGGCCUUGAACUCAGAAAUCUGCCUGCCUCUGCCUCCCGAGUGCUGGUGUUGCGGAGCUUUUAAGCCUGAAAACCACAACUGUCUGUUACAAGUUACAUUUUUCUACCAAUUAGGAUUCACAGAUAGGUGACUUCCUCAUGUUGAUGCUUUUGGGUUAUUGAACUGGGGUGAGCCAAUUUGCUUGGCAUUCAGAUCUCAACUUGCCAACCAGGAUGUCAGUUGCCCAGGGAGGUCUUGGGAACAUAAACUUUGACCCCUAUUGAAAAUGGAAGUUUUAUUCAAAAUGGCUUCAGUCUGGUUCCUUCUUACAUCCCUCCCUUGGCUUUUCACAUUAUUCAAACCUUUGAUUAUUUCAGAGCAUAAGGGCUUGUUUUGGGUCCUUAGGACCAUGAGCAAAACUGAGUAGCAGGAGGAAAAGGAGGGCCAGGGAUCCUGGUGUAGUGAGCAGGGUGGUUAGCUUAACAGGAUUAGAGCUGGGCAGAUACCAACCCUCUAUGGCAAUUUUGUCUACU